GAGAAUUUUCUCACUUUUUACUCUCACUCUCACUUGUGCAUUUGUUUCUCUCUCCCACCGGAGACUCUCCUCUCUCUCCCUCUCUCUCUCUCUCUCUCUCUCUGCGUCUCAUUGUUUCCUUUUCAUUCGUUUUCUGUUUGUUGAUUUGUUUUUGGGUUUCCAAUGACAGCCCCAAAUAUGUCGAAGAUUACAGCAUCAUUGGAGCGUUCUAUGCAGAACUGCUCUCUUAACCGAGACGGCAGCGGCGCCGGCGGUGGCGUUGGCUUGUCCGCCACUUCAGAUGAACCAGAUACUCUCACCAACUCCGACACCGCCGUCGAACUAAAUUCUCAUGUCGCUCUUCCUUACCACUGGGAGCAAUGCCUCGAUUUAAAGACGGGGGAGCUUUACUAUAUAGACUGGGAGAAUGGAACGAAAGCGAAAGAAGAUCCACGGAUGAAGACAUCAAGGGCUUGUGUUGGUGGUAGUGUAGACUUCUACACUCAAGAAGAUAGCUCUUAUGGGUAUAGCGGCGUCGACUAUGGGUAUGGAUACGACAGCGAGGGUGAGGGUUCAUCUUCCACCUCCACGCCUUCACCUUCACCUUCAAGGGACGAUCACCGCUACGAUCAAGGCGAUCAUGUUCUCGUCGUCGCCGGCUGUAAGAGAUGUUUCAUGUACUUUAUGCUCCCCAAACAGGUCACAGAAUGUCCCAAAUGCAACGGUCUCAUCCUUCACUUCGAUCGAUCCGAAAACGGAUCCCAUGAAAUUUGAUUACCAUUUCUUGUUUUUCUUAAUUUCCUUCCUUCCUCUCUGAUCACUUCUUUUUCUUUCAUCUUUCAUGUGGUUAGUUGGAGUCUCUUCAGUGAAGUGAUUACUACACAGAGUUUUGGCUGUUUAGUUUAUUCUUCCUUUUUUUCCCUAAUUUUAUUUUGUUUUUCUCUUUUCUUGAUUCUGCCACUGCUGGUUCUGUUUGGGGCGCCAUUAGAGUUGCAGAGAUGAGCUCUUGAAAGCGAUAAUGAGGUCAAUGGGAAAAGGGAAAGGAAUAAAAUUGGUGAUGAUGGCGACGUGUGGCUUUCGUUUACUGUCGCAAUUCCUGCAAA